AAAAACCGGAGGCCGGUCUUCGCGGGUCGCACAUCGCUCCGGGAGUGAGGAGGUGUAAGUCAAGCGGGAACACUAAAAAUGAAGCCCCUGCUUUUUUGUUUUGCCGGCCUGGCCAUCCUGAGCUUCGCCUUCGCUGCUCCUGCUGCAGAAGGAGAUAAGAAGGAAGCCAAGGAGGAGGCCAAGGCUGAAGGAGACAAGGACGUUGAAGGUCGCAUUGGAUUCGGUGGCGGUCCCUACGGAGGAGGAUUUGGCGGCUACGGCAGCGGGUUCAACCAGGGAGGUAGCUUCAACCAAGGAGCAUUCGGCAACCGCUACGGACAAGGGGGUUUGGGAUACAACACAGGCGGAUCCAACCGCAGGGUUUACGGCAACCAGCAGACCUACGGUGAUCGCGACAGCUUCGGUCUGAGCAGCAACCAAGGUGGAAGCUCCGCAUUCGGACAAGGAAGCUUCGGGAACCGUUACAAUUCUCAAGCCGGUGGGCUAGGUGGACAAGGUUACGGAUACCAGCAGGGCUUCUACGGAUAGGCGAGUCCAUUCUGUCUCGUCCACGUCCGCACUCGGUGUCCUCGACAUUGAACAGAAGUCUUCCCGAAGACACUUCCACCAAACUGUACAUAUACUGCCAGAUGGUUCAUUAAAAGUUAAUUUAUUGAAGUA